AUUUUAGGCUGUAUCUUCACCAUGGAAAAGCCUUUGCUUUUGUAUAUGUUUGUAUUCCACUGGCAUUUCCUAAACGCUUUAUUCACUGUUGAAGCUCCACAGUCAACCUACACUGUGGAAUAUGGGAGCAAUGUGACCAUGGAAUGCACGUUUCCAGUGAAUGGGCAAUUAAAACUCAGAGAUUUAAGUGUCAGCUGGGAAAAAAAAGAUGGAUUUAGAAAAGAUGUUUAUGUACUUCUGAAAGGGGAGGAAGACUUCGACAGUCAGCACCAUGACUUUAAGGGAAGAAUAAAAUUGUUGAAAGAGAAACUGAACUUUGGGCAGUCUGUCCUUCAGAUCACUGAUGUUAAACUCACGGAUGCAGGGUCCUAUCUGUGUCUUAUUGGCUACGGCGAGGCUGACUACAAGACGAUCAAUUUGAAAGUUAAGGCUCCGUAUAGAACCAUAAACCAAGGAGUGGUGAGUACAGGGGACAAAGAAUGGAAGUUAACAUGCCAGUCAGAAGGAUACCCAAAAGCUGAAGUAAUAUGGCAAAAUGGAGGAUAUCAGGAUUUCACUGAUAAGGCAAACACAAGUUAUGAAACUGGAAAUGAUCAGCUGUAUCGUGUGACAAGUAUGCUAACAAUCAAAAGCAGGACAGACGAGAUUUUUCUCUGUAUAUUCUGGAACAGAGAACUUCAAGAAAAUACAUCUGCCAUUCUAUACGUAGCAGAUACAGCUGAGGAUAUGCUGUGGACUAGGAACAGACGUUUUGUUGGUGCAGUUCUGAUUGUGACUGCUGUCUUCGGAUCAGGGCUUCUAUUUAUGCUCUGCAUAAGAAAAGAGCUGUCCAAAAACAAGGAAAAACAUGGUUGCAGAGAUGCUUCUUCUGAAGAGGAAGACCUGAAAUAUAGGCCGAUUGAGAAGACUUAG